GGAACUGACGAGGAAAUGUUGGUGAAGUUAAAGUGCGCUUGGAUUAUGAAUCUAUCAAAGAUUGGUUGGUUAUAGCCAUGUGGCACAACUUCAUCUACAGAGAAUUACAACGCACUUCCAUUUGGAAGUAAUAUCCAAAUAGCAAGAAAAAGCUGAGGAGAAAUGGAUGUCCAUUGGAGCACCUGAAAUAUCUGGGACACGAGAUGAUGAAAUCCAUUUUCCUUAGAGGGAGCGACAAUCAAUGCCAUUAAUUUGAGGUUAAUUUACCCAAAUGGCCAUCGUGAUAAAUUUUUGUGAAAUGAAAUUGAAAGACAAUUCUUGAUUAUAAAAAGAUAAAAAAAUAUGGUGAUAACUAUACUUUUGCGUUUCAAAACUGCACCAAAAUUAUAAAAAACUUGGAUUUUCUGGGAUUAAUAGAUUUAGUUUAACUGUUAUUGAUAACAUAAUGGACAUUUAAAAAAGGUUAACUGUACUUUAUGGGCUUGGAAUUCCCUUUUUUGAAAUUAAUAGCAAGCUAUGAAAAAAUUGGCGCAUGAAAAAAAAUACAUAUCUGUAAAUUUUGGAUAGUGUCGGAAAAUGUUGGCGCCAUUUUUUUGAACUGUCAGCUGUGAACAUGCAACUCUAUUACUGGUCAGCUGAUUGCCAGAUGUUCCUCUCACUGCCAGUAAUCAGAAUGUAACAAUGUGAAUAACAGAAGCCAAAUAUAAUAACAAAUAAGCAUUAACUCAAUCGACCGUGAUGUGCUUGAACUGAAUAAGCUAAACACAAGUGGCCAAAUAUGUUUCCCACCAAAACGGAUUCCCGACGUCGCCUUAAUGCCACCGCUUACUUAAAUGUUGAAAAUACCAAGGCUGCUGCCGACACCACGGAACCAGACGGCUUCGUAAAUGAACAAUGGACUGCGCCAAAUGUGGAUGAGUCAACGCCGUGGAAGACAAUUGCAAUUAUAAUCACACUGUUCAUCGGUGGAACCACUUGUAUUUGCUGUGCAGCCUUGGAUUGGUUGGCGGACGCGAAUCAAAAUCGCUCCGAUCGCAUAUGGGCGCUGAUAAUAAUUGGUGUACUGACGAUAAUACCAGGCGGAUAUUACUUCUACAUUCUGUCAUGUAUUCUGAUGCGUCGCCAGGGCUACACAAUGGACGACAUACGUCGUUUGGGAUAAUUAAAUAUUUAACAUUUUAUUGAAUUUUCAUUUUCAUCAAUUGUAUUUCUUAUGUACGAACAUGAAAAACUGCCGUGAGAACUCUGCAUUUGUUUAUUGUAUAAAAAUAUUGUAAAUACAUACACGUUAUCAAA